GCAACGCGUGAGUGGUGGUUUCUUCGGUGGAAGACUUGUAGCAAUUCAUGACAGCUAGUCAACUCUUGAAAUGGAGAAUUAUUAAACAGUCCCCACGCUAAAGUUUGGAACGUAAAAGUUCGAGUUUGGCGAGUGACUUGAUCAGCAAUAGUAGUUUCUUUGAGAAACCAGAAAAGUAGUAUGGCUUCCAAACCUGUUAUGUUCUCACUGUUCUUCUUCUUCAUCAUGUUCUUUGCAAAAGAAGGCUCAACUGAAAGCAAAAUUGAGUUGGGGUCUAGGCUCUCUCCUGAAGGCAGCCAUAACAAUUCAUGGGCAUCAAGUUCUGGCCAUUUUGCUUUUGGCUUUUACCCACAAGGCAACGGUUUUGCUGUUGGAAUAUGGCUAGUUAGUACACCCGAAAGUGAAGACAUUAUUGUGUGGACUGCCAACCGUGAUAGCCCCACAAUCUCCAAAAAUUCUACGUUGCUUUUGACAAAUACUGGCUUGCGGUUUUUACAAAGUGGGAAAGAAGGACAAUAUCUCAUUUCAGACUUCACAUUAGUAGCUUCGGCAUCUAUGCUUGAUUCUGGCAACUUUGUGCUCUAUGGUGACAACCAUACUAUUAUUUGGCAGAGCUUUGAUCACCCAACAGACACCAUAUUAGGAGGUCAGAAUUUAACUGAAAAUGCUGAACUGGUCUCUAGUAUCUCCAAUUCAGACCAUUCUAGUGGACGUUUCUUUCUCAGCAUGCAAGGAGAUGGAAACCUCGUUGCUUACCCUGAUAUUGGCUUAGGAGAUUCAAAUGAUGCUUAUUGGGCUUCAAAUACUCGUGUACCAGAUUACCAAAGGCUCAGUCUUACCCGCUCGGGCUCUCUUUGCCUCAUUGGAGAUUACCUUUCAUGUUUUAAUGGUAGCUACCCUGGAAUUAAGUCACACAACACAAGUUCAUUUAUCUAUCUCGCAAAACUUGAUGUAGACGGUAAUUUGAGAUUGUAUGAGCACCAAUUGGAGAGCAAUAGUAUCUCACACGUACAAGUGUUGUGGAAAGCCUUGUCGGAUGAAUGCAUGAUCAAGGGGUUUUGUGGCUUGAACAGUUACUGCUCAAACGUAGCAGGCAAUGCUGUGUGUGAGUGUUAUCCUGGUUUCGUGUCCAAAAGUAGUGUGAACAUGUUUCUGGACUGCGUGCGGAACGAUAGCAUGGAUGAUUGUGAACGUAGUAGAGAUCCCUCCAAGUUUUUCAAUGUUACUUUCCUGAAAGGUAUGUCUUGGGGUGAUAGACCCUAUUCGGUUAUACCAAUGAAGAGGGAAACUUGUGAGAAGUCUUUGCUGGAAGAUUGUGAUUGCAAGGCAGUGUUAUAUUCUGAGGGAAACUGCAAAAAAUAUAGGCUUCCCCUUAUAUAUGGCAGCUGGAUUCAAGGUCAAGAUCCACCAACCGUGGCUUUCUUAAAGAUGCCUUCAGAAGAUGUCAUUAAGGAGAAGAAGUCGAUGGUCGUUGUUGAUAACAAGAGAAAUCUGAUAAUGAUUCUAGCCCUUACUUUGGGUAGCAUUUCAUUGUUAAGUUUGGUUUUUGCGGCGUCUAUUUGCAUUACUUAUAGGCGCCAAGUUUAUAGAUAUACAAAGUUGUUGUCUUCAUGCGAGGAUCUGCGAUUUACGGAAGAAUGUUCUUUGCGUUCAUUUUCUUUUGAUGAACUUGAGAGAUUAACUCGAGGCUUCACGGAAGAGAUAGGUAGAGGAUCAUAUGGAGCAGUUUAUAGAGGUACAAUCGGUGAUAGUAACAGAAGCAUUGCUGUGAAGAGACUUGAGAGAAUUGCUGAUGAAGGGGAGAGGGGAUUCCGAGCUGAAAUCACUGCCAUUGCUCGAACACAUCAUAGGAAUUUGGUUAAGCUCAUUGGUUUUUGCAUUGAAGGAUCAAGGAAGCUUCUUGUUUAUGAAUAUGUCAGCAAUGGGUCCCUUGCAAAUCUUCUGUUCAAAGGAGAGAAGCGUUUAUCAUGGGGAGAGAGACUAAAAAUUGCAUUGGAUGUGGCUAGAGGAGUACUAUAUCUACAUGAGGAGUGUGAUGUUGGUAUUAUCCACUGCAAUAUAAAGCCUAGAAAUAUACUUAUGGAUGAAGCAUGGGUGGCAAAGAUAUCUGAUUUUGGAUUGGCAAGGCUAUUAAAGCCAGAAUAUUCAAGAAUGAAUAAAGAGGAUGAUGGGAUGAGCAAGUAUUUGGCACCUGAAUGGAAGAAGGACGCAGCAGUAUCAGUAAAAUGGGAUAUUUACAGUUAUGGCAUGGUACUAUUGGAGAUUGUGUGCCGCAGAAGCAGCAUAGAUAUAGAUGUUUCCUCAGCUGAGGAGAUACUUCUUUCUAGCUGGGUAUAUCAAUGCUUUGAAUCAGGGGAGUUAAAUAAGCUUGUUAAAGAUGAUGGAGGUGAAGUUGUAGAGUGGAAGUUAUUGGAAAGAAUGGUGAAGGUGGGACUGUGGUGUGUGCAAGAUGACCCAUUUCUUCGUCCUUCAAUCAAGAAUCUCAUCUUGAUGUUAGAAGGAUUGAAAGAUAUUCCAAAUCCUCCCUCUCCACCACAUUUGCUUAAAUAA